UUGGGGGAUGGCGGCGGGGAGAUAGGGAGUGUACGAUGCGAGGCCGACUCUGCUUGUCCUUUGGAAACUGCCCGAGCGGUGUGUCCGGAUAUUGUGGGGCAGGAAUUUUCGCGAAGGGUGAGGGCUUUUUGAUCUUUCGUGUGACCCUACAGGUUUUGGUAUGAACAGGAUUCGGAUUCACGUCUUGCCAACCAAUCGGGGGAGGAUCACCCCAGUGCCUAGGUCUCAGGAGCUCCUAUCUUGUUCGUUCACUCAUCGCCCAUGCUCUCAACCUCGUCUGGAGGGGCAAGAGUUUUGUCUUAAGCAUAUCCUUGAAGACAAGAAUGCACCGUUCAAGCAGUGUAGUUAUAUAUCGACGAAGAAUGGAAAAAGAUGUCCCAGUGCUGCUCCAAAGCCAGAGAAGAAAGAUGGGGUGUCCUUCUGUGCUGAACAUGCCCGUAGGAAUGCCCUGGCACUUCAUGCUCAAAUGAAGAAGACCAACUCAGGGCCUAUGGGUGAAACACUCUUGUGCCAGCUGAGCUCAUAUGCUAAGACAGAGCUAGGAUCACAGACUCCAGAAAGUAGCCGCAGUGAAGCCAGCCGAAUAUUGGAUGAAGACAGCUGGAGUGAUGGGGAGCAGGAACCUAUUACUGUGGAUCAGACAUGGAGAGGUGACCCUGACAGCGAAGCUGAUAGCAUAGACAGUGAUCAAGAAGAUCCACUAAAACAUGCUGGUGUGUAUACAGCAGAAGAAGUGGCCCUGAUUAUGCGUGAGAAGCUGAUUCGUUUGCAGUCUUUGUACAUUGAUCAGUUUAAACGACUUCAACAUCUGCUUAAGGAGAAGAAGCGCCGGUAUUUACAUAAUCGCAAAGCGGAACAUGAAGCUUUAGGCAAUAGUCUCCUGACUGGCCCAGAGGGACUUUUGGCCAAAGAACGAGAGAACUUAAAGCGAUUAAAAUGUCUCCGUCGAUACCGCCAGCGCUAUGGAGUGGAAGCCUUAUUACACAGGCAGCUGAAGGAACGCAGAAUGCUGGCCACAGAUGGUGCCGCCCAACAGGCCCAUACCACUCGUUCCAGUCAGAGGUGCUUGGCCUUUGUGGAUGAUGUUCGUUGUUCCAAUCAGUCUCUUCCAAUGACCAGACACUGCCUUACCCAUAUUUGUCAGGAUACGAAUCAGGUUCUCUUCAAAUGCUGCCAGGGGUCUGAAGAGGUACCCUGCAACAAACCAGUUCCUGUAAGCCUCUCUGAGGAUCCCUGCUGCCCACUGCACUUCCAGUUGCCUCCUCAGAUGUAUAAACCCGAGCAGGUACUGUCUGUGCCAGACGAUCUGGAAGCCGGCCCCAUGGAUCUGUACUUGAGUGCUGCUGAGCUUCAGCCCACUGAGAGUUUACCUCUGGAGUUCAGUGAUGACUUGGAUGUCGUGGGUGAUGGUAUGCAGUGCCCUCCUUCACCUUUGCUUUUUGAUCCUUCUCUAACCCUUGAAGAUCAUUCAAUCAAAGAAAUUGCUGAAGGCCCAGUGGAUAUCUUGGGCCAGAUGCAGAUGGCUGGAGAUGGUUGCAGAUCCCAAGGAUCUCGAAGUUCUGAUAAAGCCUCUGCACCAUUGCCUCAAAGUGGAUUGGCUACUGCAAAUGGGAAGCCAGAACCCACUUCUAUCAGUUGAUAGUGUGUUUUGGGAACCAUAUGACUUUGGUGAAUUUGAAUUUCCAUUCUUCAAACAAGUAUUUCUGACAUCUCUCACUAAACAGGGGCAACCUGGACUACCUUGUUAUUUUUUCCAGAUUAUUGAGUGCUAUAGUCCAACAUAAAACCAAAUUUUGGGGGAAUGGAGCAAUAGUGUCCUAAAGUCCUGGGUUUCUUCCCACUGUGGGCAAGGAAGAGAUAGGAAAUCUCUGUCAGAGCUUCUGGGAUUGAGUGAAUAUUUGGGGCUGUCUAAGGGGAAAGAUAUCCUUGUAAUGGGAUUUCCCAUCACGGACAGGAAUCCACAUAGGUCGGACAGGAGUCUAUGUAGGUCUUUAGGAGGGAGCUGUGUCUGAAUGGUGCCCUUGAGAUUUUGAUGGCCCCAGUGUCUGGUUAUCUCUAUGUAAAAUCCUGCAUUUUAGCCUUUCCUCACAUCCACUUAAUUGGGUAAUCUGAACCCCUUUCCCCAGUGAACUCUGACUUUUAUCCUCUGAGAAAGUAGCUAACAGGACUGGGCCUUAACCAUCCAUCUUGCUUCGAACCUAUGUAAAUUUUGGUGGUGGCUCUCUUAUGUAAAAUGUGGUAAAAAUUUAUUGUAUAUAGUUUCUAUUAACUGUUAAAGAAAAUGUUAUGAAAACAUAAAACAGUCACCUAAAUUGAAUGCAUGUUUUGUUUGUAUUUGGGAGUAUUGUCUUUUUUUUCUGGGUUUUAGGGAUCUGUUUCUGAUGGGAAAGGGAAAACGGGAGAGAGAUAUUUUCAUCCUGGGAAGUAAAUUUUCAGUAGCUCGUUUUGGUUUAAAGGAUAAGGUAAUAACCUGGAAGAAGUAAAUGAAAAGAGAUGGGGCUUCUUAUUAAAGCCAACCAAUUCCAAAUAUCUUCUUUCCAGUUUCCACUCUUUGUGUCCCCUACCUCCACUCAUUUCUUUCUCACAGUGCCUGGUUGUCAUCUCAAAAUUUUGUAGGGCUAGGGAUAUACAUAAAACAUCAAGAGAAACGGCCUGAUGCUGGCUUACCGAGAUAGGCAUAGGCAUUAUCAAGGUCAUUUUGAUGUUGAAUUUUAGAGUAGGGUUAAAAUAAAUGAUUAGUUAAGGUUAAGGAUUUACCUCUUACUAUGGUGCAUUAUGACAAGGAGGCAAAAGAUUACUUUUUGUGAGAACUGAACUGAGUAGCACAGAAGGGUUUAUCCAGUUACACCAUCAUCUUGACUUUAAGUAUUUAUAUCCAGAAACUGGUUGAAAGUAACUCAUAGAAGGCCCAUCAAAUGAACUCCUGAGAAGAUUGCCUUUAAGGUCUUCCAGUGAUACUCUUCAGUUUCUUGUUCCCACUGCUUUUUUGAUUCCUUUGUCUAUUACUUUUUACAUUUUAGCCACAGAGACAAACAUUACUUUACAUACAGCCGUGAGCGAGAACGUGACUGCUCCUGCAGCAGGAUUGGAGAUUAGAUAUUCCCUUCCUAUUGUUUUAAAACAAAAUGUGAUCUGUAGACCACUAGCAUGCAGAUCAUCUAUGGUGAUUGUUAAAAAGUAAAUUAACAGGCUCCUGAGCACUUUCUGGGAGAUGGAGGCCAGGGAAUCUGUACUUUUGGCACCCCAGAAAUUCUGAUAGCCAUUUAAGUGCAAACCCAGCUGUGGUGAAUUUUGGAAAGGUGACAUAUAGCUACCAUUCUCCUUCAAGGUCCUGGUUCUCAUUAGGCACAGGGAAAACAGGAGGAUUGGGUAGGAAGAUCCUCAGACUGUACCAUAUCACUGAGAACAAGUGAUACGAUAUCCACCCGGCUGACAGCCAGUAAGGAAACGAAACCUCAGUUCUAUACUGCAUGGGACUUAAUUUGCCAACUCUGGAAUGAGUAGGAAGCAGACUCACCUAGAAUCUCCAGAAAGAAAUGCAACCUUCCCAUACCUUGAUUUAGCCUGGCGAAAUCUGUACCAGGAUUCUGACCUAUAGAACUGUAAGAUAAUAAACUUAUGUUGCUUGA